AAAAAGUUCGCCCCACGACUUAUAACCCCUCCACUCUUUGCUUGCAAUUUCCUACACUGUAUUCAUAUCUAGUCAAAACAUGUCUCCCGCACAAGAUAUUCCCAUUGUUCAAAAAGUGGCACGGUCCGUGUCAAACAGCUGGCAGAGCGGUUAUGUGCCAGCUGCAUUAUCCACGUCGCCAACCCUAACCUUUCAUCACCCGAGCAGCUUUACCUCGCAAAGCCCGGGUCUGACACGAACGGUAACCACGAGCAAGACACUGAAGCCCUUCAACACAAAGGACAUCAAAGUCCUGUUGCUGGAAAAUGUCAACAAGACUGGGCAAGACAUCCUGCGGGAGCAGGGCUACCAGGUUGAAGCGUUGAAGACGAGUCUGAAAGAGGAUGAACUUAUCGAGAAGAUUCGGGACGUCCACGUAAUUGGCAUCAGAUCCAAGACCAAACUCACCAAGCGGGUCCUCGAGUCGGCGAAGAACCUCAUCGUCAUCGGAUGCUUCUGCAUCGGAACCAACCAGGUCGAUCUGAAGACGGCCGCUCAGCUGGGGAUUGCGGUCUUCAACUCUCCAUUCUCCAACUCGCGAUCCGUCGCAGAGAUGACCAUCGCGGAGAUCAUAUGCCUCGCCAGGCAACUGACAGACAGGAGCAUGGAGCUGCACAACGGCACGUGGAACAAGGUCUCCGCUGGCUGUUGGGAAGUCCGCGGCAAGACUCUGGGUAUAGUGGGCUACGGGCACAUUGGAUCGCAGCUGUCCGUGUUGGCGGAGCAGAUGGGUAUGAACGUGAUAUACUACGACGUGGUGCCGCUCAUGGGACUGGGCACAUCCAAGCAGGUUGACUCGCUGCCCAAGCUGCUCGCGCAGGCGGACUUUGUCACGAUCCACGUGCCCGAGCUGGAAGAUACGAAGAACAUGUUCUCGGCCGAGCAGUUCAGUCAGAUGAAGCAGGGCUCGUACCUGAUCAACAACGCCCGGGGGAGCGUCGUCGACAUACCGGAGCUGAUCAACGCGAUGCGAUCCGGCCACCUCGCGGGCGCCGCCCUGGACGUGUACCCCAACGAGCCUAGCGGAAACGGGGACUACUUCAACGCGGACCUGAACGCGUGGGCGGCGGACCUGCGCUCGCUGAAGAACCUCAUCCUGACGCCGCACAUUGGCGGCUCGACGGAGGAGGCCCAGUCCGCCAUCGGCAUCGAGGUCGGCAACUUCCUCGUGCACUACAUCAACGAGGGCAUCACCCAGUCCUCGGUCAACAUGCCUGAGGUCACCCUGCGUUCGCUGACGAUCGACGAGCCCAACCACGCCCGCGUUAUCUACAUCCACAAGAACGUGCCUGGCGUGCUGCGCAGGGUCAACAACAUAUUGGCAGACCACAACAUCGACAAGCAGAUGACGGACUCGAAGGGCGACGUCGCCUACCUCAUGGCGGACGUGAGCCAAGUGCAAGAGAACGAGUUGUCGGACCUGUUCGCCAGCCUGGAAGGAGACGAGGCCAGGAUCAGGACCAGGAUCUUGUACUAGAAAGCGUCACACGGAGUCCAAAAUUUUGUAGUUUCUGGAUUUUUUUUUUUUAAUGUUGUUUGGGUAGCAUAAGGUAGACAAGGCACGGGAAAGCAAUUCAACAAAAAGAAAACGCUCGGCGACGAGCACCCGGCGCCGAAACAAGAAAGAGAAAAAAGAAAUGAUACGAUCAGUCAAUCAAUCAGGGCAGAAUAAAUAUCUGUUCCAGCGAGGCUUCAACAAAAAGAGAGGGGAAAAAAAAAAGAAACAGGUACGGUCAACUAUGCGAUCCAUCUCGCCAUCUUAGGGCGGGGCAAGACAUCAAGCGUUUCCAGCAUCAUAAUCGGAUUGCAGAUAAAAUCAAGACACAGUGAUAGAGUUUGAAUGAAAAAAAAAAAGGUUCAACCAGUUUGGUCAGCGAAGAGCGUCGAGAUUUCGUCUAU